GUUGGAAAAAAUCGAAACAAAACCGCACCAAAUCCUACCAAAAGAAACCCCACACCCUACAUAUCCAAGACGAUCGGACGAAGAGAACAAAACACUGGAAGGAAGUUAAUAGAAAUACACGGAGAGAUAUGGGGUUAUCUGCAUCGAAACGCGUUUCGACGACUCUCUUCAAGUCACCCGACUUCAACUCGGUGUGCGACUCAGUCUACGAAGACUGCCUAACCCUGACCCAACACGCCUUACCAGGUGUUAAACCUUAUCAACUCGUUUCCGCCUCAGAACGUCUCCACUGCUCUCUCACCACUCUACAUUUCCUUCUCAUCACCAAGUGGGUCCCACAACCUCCGUCCCGGUCCCAAGUCGACAGAGCCUUCAAGGCCAUAACCAUUCGCCGGUCCAAGAACACGCCGCCAGUCCAGGUUCAAGAGGAAGAAGGUGAGGUUGUACUUGGACCGGUCGAAUUCAAAGAGUUUGCGAGAGAGUUGUUCACGAACGCCGUCGUUUCGAAUGCUGGGAAAGCGGUUUUGAAGAGUGUUCCGAUUGGGGUUGCUGGGAUUGCCGGGGUCGGAGCGCUGACUAAGUCCGGCAAAGAAGUGGUUGGAACGGUGAUUGGAGUCUACGCGCUGGGUGUUGCGACUUCGAUUUAUCUUAGUUUGUCUGGUUAGUGUAAUGGCGUGGCCUGAGAAACCCCCAUCCCCAGACCUCUUUAUCAAAUCACUCUUGCUUACUGUAUUAUGGUUAUUUGUUGUUUAUUCUACAACUCACUAGUAAAAAUAUAUAUAAUAAGAUGGUUAGAUUUUUGAA